UAUUGUGGAGAGCGGCGGUGGUAAAAGAAGAAGAGAAUAAAGGGAGUUGAGGUCCAUUUAUAUUAACCCUUUAAGAGGCGACAUUUUCAAGCAAACAUAAGCUUCGGCUAUGACGCUUCCUUUUGCAUUCACACCUUCAGCUGCAACUCCCAAACUCCAAUAAUAAUCAGAAUCUUUCGCAGCCGCCAUAGCCGAAGAGCUAUCAAACAACAACGCCAACACUUCAUCAUCUUCUCCACAUGACGACGACGGCGUUUCUUUCUUCCCUUAUCUUUUUUCUCGAAACCAUUUCUUUCCUCCUCCUCCUCCUCCUCUGUUCCCACCAUGUCAAUUCCCAACUCUACCAACAAGAACACUCUGUUCUGCUCCGAUUGAACCAGUUCUGGAAAAACCAAGCCCCAAUCGCCCAUUGGCGCUCUUCAAAUGCUUCUCAUUGUACAUGGCCGGAGAUUCAGUGCACUAACAACUCCGUCACUGCUCUGCUUUUCAGUGGCUACAAUUUGAACGGAACCUUCCCUCCAUUCCUAUGCGAUCUCAACAAUCUCACCCAACUUGAUCUUAACCUCAAUUACAUCGCCGAUGGCUUUCCUACCACUCUGUACAGUUGUUCGAAGCUUAAUUACCUCAACCUUGCGCGGAAUUACUUCGACGGUCCAAUUCCCGAUGAUGUCCACCGCUUGUCUCGCCUCCAAUAUCUUAAUCUCGGCGGCAACAGCUUCUCCGGCGAAAUUCCGGCAUCCAUUUCUCGGUUGGCAGAGCUUCGAUCCCUUAACCUUUAUGUGAACAAAUUCAAUGGGGGUUUCCCAUCUGAAAUCGGUAACUUGUUGAAUCUGGAAGAAUUACUGUUGGCUUAUAAUUCACUUCUGCUACCGGCGGAAUUGCCCCCCAGUUUCGCCCAAUUGAAGAAAUUGAAGUUUAUAUGGAUGACAGAAACGAACCUAGUGGGUGAAAUUCCUGAUUGGAUCGGGAAUUUGACCGACCUCGAGACGUUGAAUUUGUCGGAAAACAAUUUGACAGGGAAAAUUCCCAGCAGUUUGUUUAUGCUGAAGAAUCUCAGUUUCGUUUAUCUGUUCAAGAACAAUCUGUCCGGAGAAAUUCCGACUCGGAUUGAUUCAAAAAAUAUCGUAGAAUACGACCUAUCAGUAAAUGAUUUGACCGGGGAAAUUCCGGCAGCUAUCGGCGAUCUUCACCAAUUGAAGGCUUUGCUUCUGUUUUCAAAUCGAUUACAUGGAGAAAUCCCUGAAAGCAUCGGACGUCUUCCAAAAUUAGAUGAUGUCAGAUUGUUCGAUAACAGUUUAACCGGCACGCUGCCGCCGGAUUUCGGCCGGAAUUUGGUUCUCAGAAGUUUUCAGGUGGGCAACAAUAAGCUUACUGGAAGGUUGCCGGAGCACUUGUGCUCCGGCGGUAAGCUCUUAGGAGUUACUGCAUACGAGAAUAAUCUUAGUGGGGAAUUGCCAGAGUCGCUUGGGAAUUGCAACAGCUUGGUGAUGAUUGAUGUUCAUAAGAACAACUUUUCUGGGAAAAUCCCGGUGGGUCUAUGGAUGUCUCUUAAUUUGACAUUUGUAAUGAUGAGCGACAAUUCUUUCACCGGUGAACUCCCUGAGAGAUUCUCAACGAAUCUUGGGAGUUUGGAAAUCAGUAACAACAAAUUUUCAGGGAAAAUCCCAUCUGGGUUUUCUUCUUUAUGGAAUUUGACUGAGUUUCUAGCAAGCAAUAACUUAUUUACAGGACAAAUUCCUGAAGAACUCACUGUUCUUUCGAAGUUGAACAAGCUCUGGCUCGAUGGAAAUCAACUCACCGGAGAGCUUCCACAGAAUAUCAUUUCAUGGAGAUCAUUGAACAAUCUUAACCUCAGUCGAAAUCGUCUCUCAGGUGUAAUUCCAGAUGAACUUGGUGGUUUACCAAGCCUUACUGAUCUUGAUCUCUCAGAGAAUCAGCUUUCCGGGAUGAUUCCGACUCAACUAGGAAAUUUGAAACUGAAUUUCCUCAACCUCUCCUCAAAUUUGUUGUCUGGGACAAUCCCCUUGGCACUUGAAAACCCAAUCUAUCCCAGAAGCUUUUUGAACAAUCCAAAUCUUUGUUCAAACAACGCAGUUCUAAAUUUGAAUAGCUGCAAUUUGAGAUCUCAGAAUUCAAGAACGAUUUCAUCGCAGCAUCUUGCUCUGAUUGUGAGCUUGGGCGUUAUACUGUUCAUACUCUUUAUACUUGCUGCUGUGUUCACAACCAAAAUCUACUGGAAAACUGGAAACAGAGAAGAUAUUGAAUGGAAAUUGACAUCAUUUCAAAGGCUGAAUUUCUCGGAGGCAAAUCUUUUAUCUGGGUUAUCAGAAAAUAACGUGAUCGGAAGUGGUGGAUCAGGGAAAGUUUACCGGAUUCCGGUGAAUAAUUUGGGCGAUACAGUGGCCGUGAAGAAGAUAUGGAACAACAGAAAGUCAGACCACAAGCUGGAGAAGGAAUUCAUGGCGGAAGUGAAGGUUUUGAGUUCGAUUCGCCAUAACAAUAUAAUCAAACUCCUCUGUUGCGUUUCCAGUGAAACUUCUCGGCUUCUCGUUUAUGAGUACAUGGAGAAGCAAAGCUUGGACAAAUGGCUGCACAAGAGGAACUCGCCGCCGAGAAUCACAGGUUCGGAGCCUGAUUGCGGUAUCCCCCUCGAUUGGCCGACGAGAUUUCAGAUAGCGGUGGGGGCAGCACAAGGCCUCUGUUAUAUGCACCAUGAAUGCUCACCUCCGGUAAUUCAUAGAGACUUGAAAUCCAGCAAUAUCUUACUCGAUUCAGAACUCAAUGCCAAAAUAGCAGAUUUUGGGUUAGCCAAGUUGCUGGUAAAACAGGGAGAAGCGGCUUCAGUUUCCGCCGUGGCGGGCUCUUUUGGAUACAUAGCUCCAGAGUAUGCUCAAACACCGAGAAUUAAUGAGAAGAUCGACGUGUUUAGCUUUGGGGUAAUUCUUUUAGAGUUGGCGACUGGAAAGGAUGCCCUCAAUGGCGAUGAAGACUCGUCUCUGGCGGAGUGGGCUUGGGAGUGCAUUCAACAAGGCAAGCGAAUAGCCGAUGUAUUGGAUGAAGAUGUGAAGGAGCCGCAUUAUCUUGAUGAGAUGUGCAGUGUUUUUAAACUCGGAGUGAUCUGCACUUCUAGUUUCCCAACUAACCGGCCAACCAUGCACCAGGCUUUGGAAGUCUUGAUCCGUAGUCGAACCUCGACACCCCGAAAUCAUGGAGAGAAGAAACUCGGAUCGUGAAAGUAUACCGAGAAAUGAUCACAGUUACUUGAAAAAUGAACGGUCAAGGUUCUCUCCAUAUAACAGCUCAAGCUCACACCACAUAUAUUAUUCGCUUUGAUUCGUUACUUAUUGUCGUCAGCCUCACGACUUUAAAACACGUCUACUAGAGAGAGGUUUCCACACCCUUAUAAGGAUGUUUGGUUUUCCUCUCCAACCAACGUGGGAUCUCACGAUCCACCCCCUUGGAGCCAACAUCUUCGGUGGACACCGUCUUGUGAUUGGCUCUGAUACCAUUUGUAACGUGCCAAAGCGGACAAUAUCGGUUAGCAGUGAGCUUAAGCUAUUACAGAUGGUAUUAGAGCCAGCCACCAAACGGUGCGAGACACUGGUCGGAGUAGGACUAGACCCUCUCCAUAGUAGACACAUUUUAAAACCGUGAGGCUGAUGACAAUAAGUAACUGACCAAAUCAAACACGGCAGAAGACUAGAGCUGUUACACUCCAAUAGUCUCACUUUUUACGAUCAAGAUUCACCAUCACGUCGAGACUGGGGAGAACCCUGCACUCCAGCCACUCCUCAGAGCAGAAAUGGCUAUGGAGAUGGCAGGUUGCCUUGGUUAGUCUGUAAAUUUUGAAUAACGAAUCGAUGUCAUGUCUAUUUUAGCUCAAAACUAGAUGAGAACCACACUGAUAAUAAAAUAGAGCUCGUUCAGCUCAAGCAGCCUAAACGGCUACACUUUGUUAA